AUGGCAACUUUCCUAGCUCGAAGCGCAUUCCGCGCUGUUUCGCAAACCCCACGUCUAGCUUUCCCUAAAGCUACGACAUCUCCAGUCGUCCUGAGAUCCUGGGCUCAACGACCAGUCUCACGCCGUUUCUUGGCCUCAUCAACUAUACCAUCGGAGCAGCCUCGUCUACGGCUCGGCAGCGAGGCGCCCAAUUUCCAAGCCAAGACAACACAUGGAGAUAUUGACUUUCACCAAUGGCUCGGUGGUUCUUGGGCCAUCCUAUUUUCACAUCCAGCCGAUUUUACACCAGUAUGUACGACUGAGCUCGGCGCGUUCGCCCGACUCGCCCCCGACUUUGAACGCCGCGGUGUUAAAAUGAUCGGUUUAAGCGCCAACGACUUGUCAUCUCACGAGCGCUGGAUCGCCGACAUCAAUGAGUUGUCUUCCACCAACCUUCAGUUUCCCAUUAUCGCCGAUGCCGACCGCCAUGUCGCAUUCCUGUACGACAUGGUAGACGCUCAAGACCUAAGCAAUAUCGAUGAGAAGGGCAUCGCCUUCACGAUUCGCUCCGUAUUUGUCAUUGACCCUCAGAAGAAAAUUAGACUUACUAUGAUGUACCCCGCUAGCACGGGUCGUAAUACCGCCGAAGUCCUGCGCGUCAUCGACUCGCUGCAGACUGGUGAUAAGAAGGGUGUUACGACACCUGUUGACUGGCAUCUCGAGGACGACGUCAUCGUACCACCUAGCGUGAGCACCGAGGAUGCCAAGAAGAAGUUUGGUAAUGUGAGGGAGGUUAAGCCGUAUCUGAGAUACACUAAGAUCUGA